GGGGGUGGAGGAAGAGGCCUCGCGCCGAGGAGGGAGCAAUUGAAUUUCAAACACAAACAACUGCACGAGCGCGUACCCACCGCGCCAAGCGUCGUCGGACCCGGGCCCGCCCCGUCCGAGCGGCGCGCGGGUGGAGGAGAGCCGUGGCCGCGCCAGAGCUCGAGCCGGGGGCCGCCAUCGAGGCGGGGGCAGCGCGCGGGCCGGAGCGGAGCGGCGCCGCCACCGCUACCGCCGCGCGCUCAAACUUAGGCUCAAGCUUCCCGGCCCGGCGCGGAGCUCGGGGCCCCCGGAGCCCCGCCAUGUCGCGAUCCAACCGGCAGAAGGAAUACAAAUGCGGGGACCUGGUGUUCGCCAAGAUGAAGGGCUACCCGCACUGGCCAGCCCGGAUUGAUGAGAUGCCCGAGGCUGCUGUGAAAUCCACAGCCAACAAGUAUCAAGUCUUUUUCUUCGGGACCCAUGAGACGGCAUUCCUGGGCCCCAAAGACCUCUUCCCUUAUGAGGAGUCCAAGGAGAAGUUUGGCAAGCCUAACAAGAGGAAAGGGUUCAGCGAGGGGCUGUGGGAGAUCGAGAACAACCCAACUGUCAAGGCUUCUGGCUACCAGCCCUCCCCCCUCCUGCACAGAGCCCUGCCUGCCCGGCCAGUGGGUUUACCUGGGGGCUAAUCCGACAGAGUCCUCUCAGAAAAAAAGCUGCUCAGAGGAGCCAGAGCCUGAGCCUGAAGCCACAGAGGGUGACAGUGACAAGAAAGGGAAUGCAGAGGGUAGCAGCGAUGAGGAGGGGAAGCUGGUCAUUGACGAGCCAGCCAAGGAGAAGAACGAGAAGGGGGCACUGAAGAGGAGAGCAGGAGACCUGCUGGAGGACUCCUCCCCUAAACGUCCUAAGGAGGCAGAAGACCCAGAAGGGGAGGAAAAGGAGGUAGCCACCUUGGAGGGUGAGAGGCCUCCCCCAACAGAGGGGGAAAAAAACAGCACCCCCUCUGAGCCCAGCUCUGGCCGGGGCCCUCCUGAGGAAGAGGAGGAGGAGGAAGAGGAAGAGGCUGCGAAGGAGGAUGCUGAGGCCCCAGGCAUCAGAGAUCAUGAGAGCCUGUAGCCACCAAUGUUUCAAGAGGAGCCCCGCCCCGUUCCUGCUGCUGUCUGGGUGCUACUGGGGAAACUGGCCAUGGCCUGCAAACUGGGAACCCUUUUUUUCCACACAACCUGCUCUCCUCCACUCAUUUCCCCCACCAUAAGCCCAGCCCCUGGAGAUUGACCUGGCGCUCACUUCCAGGUCCCUGACACCUGAGACCUGAGUCAGGGCCACAUACUCAGCUCCUGGGGAUGAGACACGGUUAUUGUGUCCCAUGCUGCUUGAAGCUGUCUUCUUGGGCUUCUGUGGGCCUGGGCUGGCUGUUCCCACCUGACUCCUUCCUCCCCUCCUAUAGGGGUUCUGGUGGUGUUGGGUAGGAGCAGAAGGGGUAGAGCAUAAACAGGGUGGGCUUCAGGCUGGGGUGUUGGGGGAGCAGGAGGGCAGUGUCCUGAGCUCCUGUCCCCUAGUCCCACACCUCUUUUUUCCCAGCUGCCUAGAUUCAGGGAAAGUGGGACAGCCAAUGGGGGAGGGCUCCCUUUCAUAAAUCCUUGAUGAUUGACAAUACCUAUUUUUUUCCUGAUGCUCCAAGGAUUCUAGGAGUUGUAGUUUUAUCAUCAAAAGAAUUUGGGGCUUUCAAGUUGUUUGGGCCAAGAACUUGAGGUCUGAAGGGUUGGCUUUACCCAUGUGGGUAGGUAGAAGUGUUGAGCAUCUUCCCCCUUUAGAUUUCUGGGGCCAGAGAUGGGCUACCCUGGGGGAACUCCUGCCGGCCCGUGUCCCCUUUUUCCACAGUACUCAAGGCCAGCCUAGUUACGUAUACCACCCAGACAAAGGAAAAGAUACAUUUUUUAGGAAAUGUUUUUAAUAAAAGAAAAUUACAAAAACAAAAAAAAUUUUAAAGCCCCCUAACCCUUUGUGUGCUCCCUAUUCUGCUCCUUCCCUAUGUUGCCCCCAUUUCUGAGGUGCACUGGGAAGCUCCCGUUCUGUGUGGGGCUUGAUGACUUUUUGUAGCUGGGGCUUUGGUGUUUCUUCUGGUGUCAUUUCCUAUCCACAUACCCCUACCUGAUCCCUUGGUGUUUUCACCAGAUCUGGUUUGUAACUCACUGAGAAGACAGAGAGUGAGUGCCCUCUCCCAGCCUCUUCCUAGUGGUUUCUCACUGCUCCAUCUCUUGUCUCUUAUCCCUGCCCCUCUCCCUUGGGCUCUGAUGAAAAAUUGCUGACUGUAGCUUUGGAAGUUUAGCUCGAGAACUAUAGAUGAAUUCAGUUCUAGGAAAAUAAAACCUGUUGAUUACUA